CGGCGAGACUGUUGAAAGUUUAACCGUCCAAGAUGCCUGUCCCUCCCCCCCCAGCACCCCCACCGCCCCCGACGCUUGCACUGGCCAAUACUGAAAAGCCCGCCUUGAACAGGGCCGAGCAGGCUGGGAGAAAUGCCCUGCUCUCGGACAUCAGCAAAGGGAAGAAACUGAAGAAGGCUGUUACCAAUGACAGGAGCGCACCGAUUCUGGACAAACCUAAAGGCGCUGGCGCUGGUGCGGGUGGUGGAGGCGGCGGAUUCGGCGGAGGAGGUGGCGGAGGAGGAGGAAGUUUUGGAGGCGGCGGACCACCGGGUUUAGGAGGACUCUUCCAGGCUGGCAUGCCCAAGCUGAGGUCCACAGCCAACAGGGAUCAUGGGCCUCUCCCUCCGCCUCCUCCAAUAAACAGAAAUGGCAGCACAUCACGGGCCCUGCCUGCCACCCCUCAGUUGCCGUCCAGGAGUGGACUAGAUAGUCCCAGAAGUGGGUCCAGGCCCCCUCUUGUACCGGAUAGACCUGGUGCUGGGGCACCUCCCCCACCGCCCCCAUCUACAUCCAUUAGAAACGGCUUCCAGGACUCAUCCUAUGAAGAUGAGUGGGAAAACAGAUUCAACUUCCAUCCGAUUUCCGAUUUGCCACCUCCAGAGCCAUAUGUACCAACGACCAAAAGUUAUCCCAGUAAAUUAGCAAGAAACGAAAGCCGGAGUGGAUCCAGUCGAAGAGAAAGAGGUGCCCCACCCCUUCCUCCUAUCCCAAGGUGAUCCUCGCCUGCCCUUCUCCACCGCGCUCAAGAGCUGCCUCUGUUGUUGCUAUCCAAGAAUCGCACGGCCCCCCUCCCCUUUUCUGGCCCUUAUCCUCUUUGUAUUGGCCAUAGGGAAGAAAGGAGGGCCAGGUAGGAAUAUGUAUGUGGAGGGUGGGAAUCCAGUACAGAAAUUCACCUAGCUUUUUAUAUUGUGUAUAUCCUCAAAGCUAUGUUUGCUUCAGCUGUCACCUGCCAGUGCCGCCUGCUUGGAGCAUAGGCCUUUGCGGCGAGUAGGCGGAGAGGAACUGCAGCCCGGCUUUCAUCCAGCCGGAUCUGAACACUCACUGCUUAUUUGCUGCAGCCCCCUGACUGCGAAAGCCCCCGAGAGCCUUUACUCCCACGCCAUUCAAGCAUGCGUAGCCGCCUGCCUGUUUCCAUGAACCAGACCAGCUAAGCAAGUUGCUUGAGUAAGGGUUCCCAUGUUGCUUUGGGGUUACAGCUGUCCAGUCUUUGGUAGUCUGAGGGAGGGUCUAGGACACAGCUGUCCACUCAAAGUAAGAAAUAUGGUAAUGGGAGCCACAAAUAACAAUUUACCUUUUUGUAGUGACCGGAUUUUGUAAGUUAAACAAAACAGGUGACAUCUGAAUGGUCAACCCUCUAUAUGCAAAAUAGUGUCCUUUCAACCUAUAGCCAGUAUGAAAAUAGAUCUUACAUUCCUUUUUGGUACUUCAUCUUCCACGUCUGGUGUGCAGUGCGCAUCUCCGUCUGCACCAGCCACAUCUCAAGGGCGCCAUCCCCACGUGUGCCCGGGGCCACGGGAUUGCACAGCACAGGCCUAGCAGAUGGAGACGAGUGGAAAAGCUCUUGGCUUUUUUAAGUUCAGCGUUUCUUUUCUUUCAUUUUUUUUCAGCAGUUCAAGAGGUCCUUAAAAAUAAAGUUGGGGCCUUGUUGGACAGAGAGCUUGGCCUUAGAUUUUGCUCCCCUAUGUUUCCUCUCUCCCCAAUAUCUGUAUUCAAGUGUUGUUUCACAGUACCCUAAUUCCAGGGUCAGACAUUGACGGAAUGCCCUGUACAGUCACGUGGGAGGAAACCCUUGGGAAGAAACGGAAAACCCGUGAGUCUUGCAGCCCGCCCCCACACUUCCACCCCCCCAGCUGGCCUGAGCACGUCGACACGUCGGAGCCCUUUGAAACAGCCUUUGUUCCUCACCGGACACCCACGCUGCUCAGGGCCAGGAGUGGCUCAGCGGACUCCAUCCUGGGAAGGAGGUCAGGGACAGGUGGCAAAAAAGCAGAGACGGAGAAAAAAAAAACGGAGACGGAGAAGAAGGGCACAGAUUCUGGUCGACAGAUAGCACUUGCUCCCGAAAUCUGAAUUUAAGGCUUAGGAAUUGAAAGGGUAGGGAGAGAAUUGGGGGUUUAUUUGGACUCUAGGAAAGACAUUUGCCUUGCAUCGAUGCAACUACAACUCCACUGAAGGACCAUAGGAAGAGCCAGCCUUGCCUUUUUAAUGUAGAAUUUUGUUUACAGAACCUUCCUGGGAUUUUAAAAAUCUAGCUCUAGAGAUGGAAAGCCAUGUUUCCACCAAGGUGUUUUAUGUGGUUGAUUCUGUUUAAAAUUGCCAUUAUUUUUUAAAAGCACAGGACCACAAAUGUAUAUAUAUAGCUACCUAGACUUUGUCUUGUGGUUUCAAUGUAUUGUUCAUAUAUUGCUAGAAGAUUCUAAUCAUGAUGUCAAUCCAAAGAAAAAUCUGUAACAUGCAUUCCUACAUAUAGAAUUUAUAUAAAAGCAAAAGAACCUGGGUUGUCUAACAUUAUGAGGUUAACAAUUUGAAUAGAUUGUAUUUUUGUAACUCUCCCUGCCAAAGUCCUGGACUUAAUACUUUCAAGAACUUGGUUUUCUUUUCCCCCAAUCCUCUAGUACUCAGAUCUAUUUUCCAUGCAGUCCCUUGGUGCGUGUUACCCAGAGGGGAUCAAGAACCAUAAAGGUGUUACAAACUUGGCAAAGUAUUUCCCAACGUGUUUUGUCUCCAGCAUUUUGGCAAUUUAUCAGCAUCCUUUCAUUUUGGAUUCUUUGUUCGAACUUCAGGAGUGAUAAACAUUCUCGUGAUGAAUGCCAUCUACCCGCUUCAGAAAAGAUGAAGUUUGGGUUUCCUGGAGAGGGUGGCCAAGAAAAGUUGAACCCAGAGAAAGUGGGUCUGAAUUGGUGAAGCGUAGUAAGUACUGGCCAAUGUCUUUGUAGGCUCACCUUUGCAGGGACCACAAGAAAGUCUGAAAUAGGGUGAUAGCUCACAGUUAUCAUGGAUCCAGAAUAGAGAUGAGCUUGAAUGUAUUUUGAAGUGAAUGUUUCAUUAGUACACCUAUACAACUGCUUUGAAAUUGAGCGAGCUCAUUGCAUCCAAAAUGUUGAAUGGGUUCUAUUCUAAAACCCUAAACUCUAGCAAGUCACAAAAAUGAGUACUUUAUUCGCUGUUGUGCUUUUGUUUUCCAUAAAAUUUCCAGAUUCACGAUACAAUACAGUAUUUUAACAUUCACAUAUCAUUUUAUAUUGAAAUAUAUUACAGUGUUAAAACCUAGGGUUCAGUAUUUAUUUCACUGUGCAUUUUAUUUAGUAACAACCAAGAAAAUGUUUAAUCCAGUGGUGCCUUACUGUCUGAUUUGAGAGAAGUCAGUUUUGUAUGUGUAAGUAGCGGAUGGUUGAUUCACCUAUUUGUAAAGCCGGACCGGCCUUUGGGCGGCUCCCACUGGGCAUGAGCCCCUCUAGCCCCAGUCAUGGGAGGCUGGCCUGCGCAGUCGGCCAGUCCUUGCUCGAUAGUAAUUGUGCAAUAGAAGAAGAAUGAUAAACAACCAACCAAACUCAUUGCCCCGGAGUUCAGUUCCCGCCCAAAGCUGUGUUCUAGGACAGAGUAGAACUGUGCCAUUGAGUUUCCAUGGCUGUAAAUCUUCCUGGAAACACACUGCCACGUCUUUUUACCGUGGAGCAGCUGGUAGGUUCAGAGCCGCUAGUGGACUUGAACCACCCCUCCUUUCGUUACUGGGGCUCCUUUGCGACGUAAAAAAAGCUGUGAUUAAAAAAAAAAGUGCAUGUGUCGGAGGGGGUGUGGUAGGACCAGUGGAGGGCGCUACCCUGGCAUUGGAGAGAGAAAAGAGGAUGUGGCAGCCCAUAACAAAAAGGACUUUGACAAGAAAUACGGCCCCGCCUGGUGCAGCGACGAGGAGACAAGCUCUGGUAGCUACGUGACACAUACAGUCCAGCACUUCAUCUCCUGCUACCUGGGCCAUGUGGCCAUGCCAGCUGAAAUAUGGUUACAGCAUGCUCAGUGCCCACGCUCUCCACUCGACCCCCAAAGAGGAAUGGCCUCACUUUCAAAGGCCAGCGACUGGGCUCUUCAGCCUUGCUAAGGGAACACCUCACGGCCUUGCCUCCACUUGUUUGCUGUGGCUGUCAACCAGCAAAGUGGCAAACCAACAACCGUUAAGCAUUUAUACUUUAACUUGUGAUACCAAACUUCUUUUAUUUCAGUAGCAAAAAUAGGAAGACCAUUAAAGUGCCCAGCAAAUGUUGGCAUGACAUUUUGAUCCUGUUCAUCGCCAGGGGACUACUGGAGGGAGAGGGAGAAUGCUUCACACCUCUGUGCUGUGCAGACAUGCACGGUUGGGGAUACGCCGUGAUGAUUGCUUCGGGGGAUGGGUAGAGUCUGCCCUAGACCUCUGCAUCUCUGUACAUUAGCAGCGAGACAAUAAAGAAAACAGAAUGGUA